GAAAUACAAUCUCUAAAUGAUAAAGCAAUUGCCGUAGAGUGAGAAGUGCGGCUGCUCCAGAGCAGAUCAAGAGCAGAGCUGGAGUUUAGAGUGCGAUCUACCCAAACCCUACUGGAUUUUAGCUUCGCUGAUCCUUUGCUCUUUGGUUUUUGUUGCUGUUCUCGAGAUAUUCCAGGUGGUGUGCACAAUAAAUGCAGUGGAAGGACGGGCUUUGGUGUUUCGUUUUGGUUUACAGAAUUAGGGUUCUUGAGUUAAGUGGUCGGUUGAAGUAGAGGAGCGGAGAAAUGGCCGGAGGUGGUGCGGCGCCGGCGCCGAAGCAGGACGAGUUGCAGCCCCACCCGGUGAGGGAGCAGCUCCCCAAUGUGUCAUACUGCAUCACCAGCCCUCCUCCCUGGCCUGAGGCCGUACUUCUUGGUUUCCAACAUUUUCUUGUCAUGCUAGGAACUACUGUUAUUAUCCCCACUGCACUUGUUCCUCAAAUGGGCGGAGGAAAUGACGACAAAGCCAGGGUAGUCCAAACAAUAUUGUUUGUGUCUGGCAUCAACACUCUUUUUCAAACUUUCUUUGGGACACGCCUGCCCGCUGUGAUCGGAGGUUCAUAUACUUUUGUUGUGCCGACCAUCUCUAUCAUCUUGGCUGGUCGUUAUAGUGACAUUGUGGAUCCUCAUGAGAAAUUUUUACAUAUAAUGCGUGGAACCCAAGGUGCUCUUAUUGUUGCUUCAACACUUCAGAUUAUCGUUGGUUUCAGUGGUCUUUGGCGAAACGUCACUCGAUUCUUAAGUCCGUUGGCAGCUGUACCCCUCGUUGCGCUUUCUGGUUUUGGGCUUUAUGAGUUUGGCUUCCCAGGGGUUGCCAAAUGCAUUGAAAUUGGGCUUCCACAGAUAAUUCUUUUAGUCUUAUUCUCACAGUAUCUUCCUCACGCUCUUCACUCGGACAAGCCUGUUUUUGACAGAUUUUCUGUCAUAUUUUCGAUCACAAUUGUAUGGUUUUAUGCAUACUUGCUUACCGUUGGAGGGGCAUAUAGACAUUCACCACCAAAGACACAAUUACAUUGUCGUACAGACCGUUCAGGACUUGUUGGCGGUGCUCCUUGGAUAAGAGUUCCAUAUCCCUUUCAAUGGGGUGCACCAACAUUUGAUGCUGGUGAAGCUUUUGCAAUGAUGGCUGCAUCAUUUGUUGCUCUUGUCGAGUCUACUGGAACUUUUAUUGCAGUCACAAGAUAUGCUAGUGCAACGCCAUGCCCGCCUUCUGUUCUCAGCCGUGGUAUUGGUUGGCAGGGCAUAGGCAUCUUACUGGAUGGAAUUUUUGGAACCGCGAAUGGCUCUUCAGUGUCGGUAGAGAAUACUGGUUUACUAGCCUUGACUCGCGUUGGCAGCAGAAGAGUUGUGCAGAUAUCUGCCGGAUUCAUGAUAUUCUUUUCGAUUCUCGGAAAAUUUGGAGCUGUUUUUGCCUCAAUUCCUGCACCAAUUUUUGCAGCUCUCUACUGCAUUUUUUUUGCAUAUGUUGGUUCAGUUGGCCUUAGCUUUCUUCAAUUCUGCAAUCUCAACAGCUUCAGAACUUUGUUCAUCUUAGGAUUCUCAAUUUUUAUGGGUCUGUCAGUUCCACAAUACUUCAACGAGUACACUUCGGUUGCUGGCUUCGGACCAGUUCAUGUUGGAGCCAGAUGGUUUAACGAUAUUGUCAAUGUGAUAUUCUCUUCAAAGCCAUUUGUCGCUGGUCUAGUGGCAUUUUUCUUGGACAACACAUUGCAUAGGCAUGAUCCUACCGCGAAAAGGGACAGAGGGUAUCAUUGGUGGAAAAGGUUUCGAAGCUUCAAAGGCGAUGUGAGAAGUGAGGAAUUCUACGAAUUGCCAUUUAACCUCAAUAAGUUUUUUCCAUCUGUUUGAUAUUCCAGGAGUAGAUGUGACUGUCGAAUCUACUACUAAUCGAAUUAGAGAGUUCUUCUGUAAGAGUCAGUUGUAUUUCAUCUUGCUUAUUUGCCGACUUACUGUGAAGUGAAUCCUGAGUCGAUGAAUCGUUUUCUGUUUUAUCCAAGUGUAAGUUUUAUUCA